GAAAGAGAGAGCUACUCCAUCGUAUCUUCUGCGUCAGUCAACUUAUUUCCAGGUGCGAGUCGGUUGGAUCCUGCUCUGGAGCAACGCUUGUACACCAACAGAAGCAGUAGAUUUUGCUACCAAAAACUUCGCGAAACUUCCCUGUUAGACAAAAAAUGGCCGCCCCUCUCACGGAGCGUGAGCAGAAGGUCUACCUCGCAAAGCUAUGUGAGCAGGCGGAAAGGUAUGCAGUGCGACGACAGCGCCCCCCUGCCCAUUUUUUCCGCGGUUUGUAUCCAUAACUGGGGAGAUGAGCAUGUAACGCUCUCAUCGCGAUCUUGAAGGGAUGAGCAAGUUCUCGGGAAAAUACUUUCAUGACAGGCACUUGUUAAAAUGUUUGGUAUUCGCUUAAUGUCCGCACGUAGUACGUCGGCACCUCUUUGCAGCUUUUGAUGACAAUAAACCACCGAAGUUGCUGCAUUGGGGGGGGCAUUGUUUCACUGAAUAGCACGUACGACGAGAUGAGCAAUUACAUGCGAGAGGUGGGAUAUGAGAGUGCGCAACCCUCCCUCUCCCUCAUUUGUAAUGCAAAAAUGCUAAAUCCUGUGUAAGCCUUUUGGCUGUGUUUGCAUGGCAAGUUCUGGAACCUCAAAGUGCACAGUGCUCCGUGUAUAGAUUUGUAAUGCAGAGACUGCAUUACCAUAUAGGCGGUUUCAGUUUCUGUUGCUAGAAAUGCACUACAAAUGAGGGGGAGGUGGAGUUGUGUACUGUCAUAUGGGAGAAAUGGAGGAGGAGCUCAACGCAGAGGAAAGGAAUUUGCUGUUUAUCAGAUAGAAAAAAAAUCUGGGCUGGUUCUUCUCAUGCACGAUACUUUUGUUUUUUGUUCACUGGGCAGCAUGGUGUGUUGUUCGCUUCAAACGAAAGAGGUCGCACUGGAACGAAAAAGAGUACUUAGUGCAGCGCAUGGCUACUAAAGCUGCGACGUGUCUGUAGUGACACUGUUCGAAUGAGUUUUCAGAAGCAAUAAAGAGACUGAGAAAGUAGAUUUUGUGCGGUCCACCGGAUUUCAAAUUUUCCCUCCAUACUCGCUGUCGCAUACAAGAAUUCCGUCGGUUACCGAAGAGCAGCUUGGAGAGUGGUAUUGAGAAUGAUUUCGUUUCGACGAAGAUCACAGUUCAUCAUCUUCCGGGUUGAUAAACCGAUUCUUCAUGUGCAUAACAGUUGUACGACCUUCAUGUGCAUGACAGUUGAUCUACCGGUUUCUGACAGAUACAAUGAACCGUUGCCGCUUUCUGCAUGAAAAGUGUUGUAAAAACGACCCAAUUAUCGCACUCCACCAGGUAAAUUCGCUGGAACAAAAAGAGCGCUCACGCGGAAACUUUGACAACGCAGCAGCAGCGUAGGAAAGGGCACAGCGUGGUCCCCUCGCCUGGUUAUUAGGAGGGGAUAAAGUACAGCAUGUGCAUGAGAGACGUCUCCAGGUCCAGACAUGACGGCCGUGCAUGGCAAGCUCCUGCCGUGACUGUAGACGACUGUUUGGACUUUCGGCUGAAUUUGUGAUGCAUCAGGAGGUGCCCAAAGGGAGUAUCUGAGUGGCACGUUGUGCAUGACAAACGAGGGAAUUACGUGGGUUGUGCACUUGCAUACCGCAGAGCAAUACAAAAAGAAGAUUGAGAACGAGCUCGCAAAGAUUUGCGACGAGAUUUUGAAGCUGAUCCGAAUGUCGCUGCUCGCAAAAUCAUCCACAGGGGAGGACAAGGUGAGGGCAUGAAAUUUGUCAUGCCUUUUUGUUUGUGAGGAGCAAACAAGACAAUUUCUCAUGCAAUUUCCGCAAAAAAAACUGAAACCACAGGUCUUCUACCUGAAGAUGAAGGGGGAUUACUACCGAUACAAGGCGGAAUUCGAGCCGAACGAGCAAAAUCUGAAGAACCAAGCGCAGGGCGCGUAUUGAACUUUUGGUUUUUGAGACAACUAGAACUACUACAACCUUGGGGAGUUUUUGUCAUGCGCAGUAGAACGAUUCAGUGGUGUGUUUUGUCAUGGAGAAACGGUGUCAAGGUCAACACGACAACACUGACUGACAACAGGUACGCGGAGGCAAUGUCGCUGGCACAAGCGGAGUUAGUGACAACAAGCCCGAUUCGAUUUAUCCAAGCAAAAUUCAUCUGCGUCGUUUUCGGUCGUGUUUACUGUGAUGGAGGGGAUCAGACCAGUUUAUUUUUUUGCAGAUCCGUGCCUUCCUAUUUGCUUCUGCUUGCAUGAUCCUAUGCAUGAAAACCGAUCACCUAAGUAGCAUGAAGAACAUGCGACAUUCCCGACCCGAGACGAGCAGCAGAAAAUUUUGCCCCGGAUAAGCCUAGGUCUGGCUUUGAACUUUUCCGUUUUCUACUACGAAGUGCUGAACCGGUCGGAUGAAGCGUGCAAGCUCGCGAGACAGGUAUUAAAGUACAUUUUUUCCCUUUCAUGUUUCUUUUCAUGCAUAGCCAGGCAUGAGAAAACGAGGUUGUCAUGCGCAAUCAGAACGAUAAUGAUAAGCAUGCAUUUGUUCAAGAUUCUUCAACACUGACAGGCCUUCGAGGAUGCCAUCGCGGAGUUAGAUUCCGUAGCAGAGGACGUCUACAAGGAUGCGACACUGAUCAUGCAGCUUUUGCGCGACAACCUGACCCUGUGGACGUCGGACGAACAGGGGGCUCUGUAAAGCUGAGGCGUAAAGAACUUGCAGUGUCUACGAAAGGAGCGCAAGUAUACAGACUUGGAAAAUGGAAUACCAAACCCGGGUUUUUUUCAGGAGUAGGAGCAGCGAAGAUUGCACAGACCGAGACAACAUCUUCAGGGUCUCACACUGUAGAAUAGCUUUAGGGUGAGAAGUAACAAGUAUGGUGAAAGGUACAGAAUGGAGCACAGGCACAGAGACGAAAUGCUGUGGAAAGCAAGGUUUACGCUGAUCACGACGGCCUUAUAGUGCUUGCUAAAGAAUAGCUGAGUUUUUUUCCAAAAGUGUUUUGGUUUCUCAAGAAUUCAGAUGAGCAUACUUAUCACGUACCAUAGUGAAAGAGCAGAUG